AUGUCCCUCUUCCCGCACCUUCCACCUUCGUCCUUCUUCCCACACCGCGCACGUCGCGCACGCCGCGCACGUCGGUCGCCGCUUCACGCGCCCCGUGCCGGCGGAGGGAUCGUGCCCGAUUGGAAGUUGCAGAUGAAGACCUUGGAGCAGCAGUGCGCCUUCAGUGCUUCAGACCUUUUCCGCGCGCGGAGGGGGGUGGCACGCCGCGCGGAGUUCACCCACGAGGAUGGCGCGGUGAGGGCUUCGCGGUUCGGUCGAUCUGGGUCUCCGGACCCCAAACGCGGCGCUGCGUCGCAUUCGGUGCGUCGCAGUCUCGGGGACUUUGCGCUGUUCGUCAUGGAGGUCACCGAUGAAGGUGCCAUUGUGCAGGAUGUGACCACGGGAGUCUUUGGCUUCUUGCCACAGGAGCAGCUGGGCCCUUACGACUCGCUCGUGCCGGGAGAUACGGUGCAGGGCGCCAGGUGUACCUUCAUGGACACCACCGUGAUCCAGAGUCCCGACCCGCGGGUGCUGCGCAUGCAAACGGGCAUGGUCUACGAGUGGGACGAGGAGAAUGGCGAAGGCUUCAUCAUCCCAUCCGAGGAGCAGGAUGCCUUUCGCAUGAUCCGCGUGUACCGACGGGACAUCAGCUGGCACGACAGCCGCCGACUCUUCCCCGGACAGUUCCUGCAGUUCGAAACAGCGCUACCGGAGGAGGUGCCAUGGAGCUCUGAGCUGGACCCCCGUUCGCCAGUGGCGCUCAGAGUGCGUGGCCUGGAGAUCCUGUUUUCCUUGAAGGAGGCCUAUGAGCUCAUCCCGGAAGGUUCUCGAGAGCCCUUGCUGCUGGAGGAGUCGAAGCAAGCUCCUCAACUAGAAGCGCCUUCCGAGGACGUGGAGAAGGAGGCCGAAUCCCUCGAUGCGCUCGCAGUGAUGGAAGAGGCGCGGUCCCUGGCUCCAUCACCAGACCGAACCGCGUUUCCCGUGACGCCCGAGCGGCCGGAGCUGGCCGUGCAGAAGAAGGUCCAUCCCUUACUGCAGCGCUUCGCCUCGGACGCGCCGCAGCUCGCCCAGGCCGAGAGCCCCUCUUGGCUUUGGCAGCCGCAGCUGGACUACUUCAAGGAGGAGAACUACGCUCCGAUCAUGCCCGUGCAGCUUGGGCAAGUGCCCGUGCGGCCCAAGCGGAAGCGCAUCCUCGUGCACGAGGUGGCGCACGAGCGUGGCGACACCUGGCAAGAGGCGGCGCAACGGAAGGGCGUGAAGCUCUACAACAAGAUGAAGCCGCCAGGCCGGAGAAUGCAGGAGAAGUUGUCCAUGAGGUUCAAGGAAGAGACGGUGGCGAUUGCCAAGGAGAAAGUGAGGAGAGCCAAGUGGGAUCUCAAUCUUCAGCAGAAGCGCGCAUGGCGCAAAGCCCGAGGAGAAGCUUCCUGA